UGUACCUGACCAACAAGUUUACUAACGCCUUUCAAGCCAUUGUUGACGCGUACGGUGUUGCGUCCUACAAGGAAGUCAAUCCCGCUUUAUUUACGCUGGUGUCUUUCCCUUUCCUUUUCGGUAUAAUGUUUGGCGAUGUGGGUCAUGGCGCGGUGAUGACUAUCUUUGGCGCUUGGAUGUGCAUUAGAGAGAAGUCGCUCCGCACGAAAAGGGGCGCCGGAGAGGUUCUUCUGUUUAAUAACUAUUAUUGCAAGGGGCAGUUAUAGGUAAAGAGGUUUGUCUAUGCGUGCCUGUUGGAUGCAACAACCAACGAUAUCAUGAAAGAAAAAAAAAAUUUUUUUAUUGUUGUGGCUUUGUAGCUGGGGUAUUACGAAUGGGUUUUAUUCCAACCCACUGCUCUAUGAAGUCAUGCUGACUUUCCACCAUUUAUGGUUAGUUUUGGGACACUGCUUUCUCCGGCCGCUACAUAAUCCUUUUAAUGGGGUUGUUUUCGAUGUAUGCUGGUUUCAUCUACAACGAUAUCUUCUCCAAGGCCAUGUGGCUCUUUAGUUCGGCUUACUACUUGCCUACGGAAGCAAUUGACAGUGACCACAUCGUAUUACCCACAAACAAAACGAACUCCUCGCAUGCUUCACCAGGUUGUCCGUCCGGCUGCGGUUUUAACGGAAGUCCUUACCCAUUUGGACUUGAUCCAGUUUGGGCUCUGGCUGCUAACAAAUUGGCCUUUUUAAACUCCUUCAAGAUGAAAAUGUCUGUGAUUGUUGGUGUGGUGCACAUGCUCGUCGCCAUUUUCUUGAAUGUUUUCAACCAUUCUUUCUUCAAAAAUAAACUAAAGAUUUAUUGCGAGACUAUUCCUCAGUUUUUAUUCAUGGCUUCAAUUUUUGGUUAUUUGUGCGCGCUUAUCAUCAGCAAGUACGGUUCUCAGCUAAAUACUAACCUCUCCCCCCUCCCCCCCUUCCUCCCCUGUGAUGGUUUGGGGAAAGGGCUAGGGUCCUUGCGCCCCCUCCCUGUUUGUGUAUACCUGACAAUGUUACCGCAAACUCAUCAUAGCUUCUCUUUUAUCAUAUGCACUAGAUGGCUCAAUUCUUAUCCUCCUUUUCAUGGGGGUGGACAGACUGAUCCAUCCCUUCUUGUAGUGCUAAUCUCCAUGUUUUUAUCGCCGAAUGAUAUUUCAUACGGCUCGCGGACGUAUAUGUACAGGGGACAGAGCGUUAUUCAGAAGAUACUCGUGGCCACUGCUGUCCUAUGCGUGCCAUGGAUGCUACUCUCGCAUAUCCUGGUCCAGAAGUUUCGCCAGAAACUGACUUCAUCGAGGGCCUACAACCAGUUAGAAAACAUCUCCAAUUACGAACUUGGAGUUUUCUUGAACUGUGAAAAUGAGGCUGAAGGCAACAGCGAGAUCGGGUUAUUCGUGCAGGAGCCGGUCAAUGCUGCCGACGAAAGUCAUUGCGGCCCUCCCGAGGGCAGAUUUGGAGAAAUUUUAGUGAACCGGGCCAUCCACACUAUUGAAUUUUGUCUUGGAGCCGUAUCAAACACUGCAUCGUACCUCCGCUUGUGGGCAUUAUCAUUGGCCCACGCACAGCUUUCCGAAGUUUUAUGGACUAUGGUUUUGCGGCCAGCCUUCACAAAAAGCUUUAUCGUGCUUUACAUUGCUUUCUUCAUAUGGGCAACACUCUCGGUUUUUGUUUUGGUAAUUAUGGAAGGGCUCUCGGCCUUCCUUCAUGCACUACGCCUGCACUGGUGCGCAACUUCUAAGUACAGAUAA